AUGACUAUCGAAGUAAUGUCCCAUGAGCCAUCCCCUAUCAAACUCGCCUCCCUCGCAUCCACCAUCAACGAAGCAAUUUUGCAAUACUCACACGCUGAGUCUGAGUCAGAGAGAAUAUCAGCUUUAAAAAGCAUCGAUGUGACCUCCCAGAAGCUUGCACAAUGCGCAGUGGAACCGAGACGGUCUCUGAUGGCGUUUCACUUCCAACCCCAUAAGGUUCUUUGCGUGAGGCUGGCCAUCGAGAUGCGCCUUUUUGAUAACCUUCCAACCUCCGCUCCUUUCACGGUUGAGCACCUAGCAAAGCAAGCAGGAACAGACUUGGAAUUUACUAGUCGCAUUGCCCGCGCCUUAGGAGCAUUGAACAUCUUCGAGGAGGUUGGAGAGGAUACAUUCAAGCAGACCGCCUUGUCUCAAGAAUGGAACGACAAACCCAUGUCUUCAUACAUUGAGUUCUUCAACACCACGGGUUUCGUGAGCCCCUCUGACCGACUGAACACGCCUUUCGCAUUUGCGAAGGGGGCCAAAAAUGUGGAUUUUUUUUCUCUGCUACAACAAGAUCCCAAAGCUGCAACAAUAUUUAAUGAAGCGAUGACAAGCUUCAAAGACCCCCUAGGUGACUUAUACAACUUCAGCAGCCUUCAAGUCGAAGAGGAUGGAGUCGUUCUAGUUGAUAUUGGCGGUGGAAAAGGCCAAAGCAUCCAGAGCAUACAAUCCUCAUAUCCAAACCUCAAAGGGCGAUAUGUCCUCCAGGAUCUACCAGCGGUGAUUGCAGCUGGAGAUAGGAUGUGUUCGCCCGAAGUCGAAGUGCAACCUUACAACUUUUUUGAAGAGGUGCAGCCCAUCAAAGGUGCUGCGGCAUAUCUACUCAAGCUCAUAUUACAUGACUGGCAAGAUGCAGAGUGCAGAACGAUUCUCCGAAACUUAGCUCCGGCAAUGAGGGGUUACAAAUCGAAGCUUCUCAUUUGCGAUAUUGUCCUGACAGAUACUCGGCCAGACACACAAAAGGUUCUUUAUGACAUCAACAUGUUUUUCAUGGCUGGUAAAGAGCGCAAUGUGAAGCAAUGGCAUGCUCUCAUGGAAGGGACUGGAUUCCGGAUUGAAAGAAUUAUUGGGCUGGAUAACCCUGUUCGCAGUAUCAUUGAGGUUGUGUUAGAUGGGUAG